AUGUCAGUCUCGCCGCCCGUCCGGAGAUAUUCGUCUACGACGUCAAGCAGUCGGGAGGACCUUAUCAAUCAAUACGAGGCGGAGGAAGAGCGCAUCAUCAACGUUCUGUCUCGCAAACUUGAGCGGCUUCGUGAGGAGAAGAUUGCGCUCGAGAACACCCUGGAGGCUGAGUCGGAAAGCCAUGUGAAUAGGCUCUCGCGGGAGAUUUCUGCCCUCCGUCUGGCGCAGCAGCAGCAGCAAGCACAAGUGAACGGCGGCACAAUGGGCAGCGGCAGCGGCUCACCCGUCGAUACACGCCUCGGGCUGCACACCUUCCUGGGCUAUCGCAACCCGGCGGAACCAUCGUCCGAGAUGAUGCUCGAGGCGAUGCGCCGCGAGAACGAGCAGCUGCGCAGCCGCCUCGUCGACACCGAGCGCGACUACAUGCGCAUCACGCGCCUGAACGAGAUCUACCGCGAGGAGCUGAUCGAGCACCGCCGCCGGCUCGGCCUGCCCGUCGACAACCUGAUCGGCCUCGCAUCCGCGGAGCCGUACUCGCAGCCGACGCACCGCCGCGCGAGCUCCGCCGCGUCCUCGCCCGCCACGUCUAUAGGCGUCCUCGCGAGCCCCAGCCCACAGAGACAACACCCGCUCACGGCUGCAGCGGCAUGGCCAAUCCCCGGGGUCCCCAUUCCGCGCCCGCCGUCGCAGGUGCAUCACCCGGCAGCCUCGCUGUCCCUCGAGUCAUCUGCAGCGACCACGCCGCUCUCGCACUCGCCGUCCUCGCCCACCGUGUUCUCCACGUCUGUGUCGCCGCUGGCGAGCUAUGCCACGGGGAUCACAACACCACCCUCGUCCGCGCCCCUCGUGGCCCACCCGCCUGCGCCGUAUCCCGCGCCACCGCCGCCGCUGUCGUACCCCUCUGUCCCGCCGCCGUCGCUGUCAUCGUCUUUUGGCUCGCCUCCGCCGAUGAUGGGGGAGCAUUUUAUGGGCCGCGGACGCAGCAGGGGCGCGAGCCACAGUCGACGUACGAGCGUGGAGAGAGGUGCCCGGGUCGCAGAGACGGGCUCCUUGUUGCCUCGGGGCCGCGUUGGAAGGGGGAGUCUCCAAGGUAUGCCCGAGGUUGAGACCACAGCCGCCGUGAACGGAAGCAGCCGCUCCGGACAUGGACACGUACAACAGAGAUUAUCGUGA